GUCCUCCUAAUUCCAAUUCAUGUUAUCAUACAUUUUAUUUGAAUUUCAAAUUCUUUAUUACCGGUUACUUCUGUUUUGUCUCUCUUCUUUUUUUUAUUUCUUUUUUUUUUAAAUAUAAUUAAUCCUUUUUAUUUAGCUCUCUUUCUCUCUCUCGCGCCUUUCCCUUUGGUUUCUCUGGCGAGAUUCCUGCGGUUUGUGGUGGAACUCGGCUUCUAGAGGGGAACAAUGAGUGAUCCAAAACCAGAGACCCCCUUGAUUCCACCACAAUCAUCAUCAUCCUCAAGAAACCUCCCAGACUUCAAAAAAUCCGUCAAACUAAAAUAUGUUAAGCUCGGCUACCAUUACCUUAUUACCCAUGGAAUGUUCCUCUUCCUUUCCCCUCUAGUUGUUGUAAUUGUGGCUCAGCUUUCGACAUUUUCGCUCCAAGAUCUUUAUGAUCUCUGGGAGCAUCUCCAAUUCAACUUGAUUUCAGUUAUCAUUUGCUCGACCCUCCUUGUUUUCCUGUGCACGCUAUAUUUCUUCACCCGUCCUCGCCCUGUGUAUCUUGUCAACUUCUCCUGCUACAAACCAGAAGAACCCCGUAAAUGCACGAAGAAGAUUUUCAUGGACCAGUCUCGGAUGACUGGUACUUUUACAGAGGAGAAUCUUGACUUCCAGCACAAGAUCCUUCAGAGAUCUGGCCUUGGGGAUUCGACUUACCUUCCAGAGGCUGUGCUCAACAUUCCUCCAAACCCAUCGAUGAAAGAAGCGAGGAAAGAGGCUGAAGCUGUGAUGUUUGGUGCAAUUGAUGAGCUAUUGGCGAAGACCUCAGUGAAACCUAAGGACAUUGGAAUCUUGGUUGUGAAUUGCAGCUUGUUCAAUCCAACUCCAUCACUUUCGGCGAUGGUUGUCAAUCAUUACAAGCUUCGAGGGAAUAUAAUUAGCUAUAAUCUUGGUGGAAUGGGUUGCAGUGCAGGUCUUCUUUCGAUUGACCUGGCUAAGGAUCUUCUUCAGGUCCAUCCCAACUCCUACGCACUGGUUGUCAGCAUGGAGAACAUUACAUUGAACUGGUACUUUGGUAACGAUCGAUCAAAGCUUGUGUCGAAUUGUUUAUUCCGAAUGGGAGGGGCUGCUAUACUCCUCUCAAACAAAAGGUCCGACAGAAGAAGAUCAAAAUACCAGUUGGUGAACACAGUCCGUACUCACAAGGGUGCUGAUGAUAAGUGCUUUGCCUGUGUUACCCAAGAAGAAGACUCCAAUGGGAAAAUUGGUGUUUCUCUAUCAAAGGAACUCAUGGCAGUGGCAGGUGAUGCUUUGAAGACCAACAUCACCACAUUAGGCCCUCUUGUGCUGCCAAUGUCAGAGCAGCUACUUUUCUUUGCUACAUUGGUUGCGAAGAAACUUUUUAAGAAGAAGAUCAAGCCUUACAUCCCUGAUUUCAAGCUAGCCUUUGAGCACUUUUGCAUUCAUGCCGGAGGAAGAGCUGUUUUGGACGAAUUGGAGAAGAACUUGCAGCUGUCUGAUUGGCACAUGGAGCCAUCAAGGAUGACCCUGUAUCGAUUUGGAAACACUUCAAGCAGUUCUCUUUGGUACGAAUUGGCUUAUUCCGAAGCCAAGGGGAGGAUGAAGAAAGGAGAUAGGACAUGGCAAAUAGCUUUCGGGUCAGGGUUCAAGUGCAAUAGUGCUGUCUGGAAGGCUUUAAGGACUAUAAACCCAGCAAAGGAAAAGAACCCAUGGAUGGACGAGAUCCAUCAGUUCCCAGUAGAGGUUCCAAAGGUGUCUGCCAUCUAAAACAUCAAUUCAAAUUUGGUACUUCCUCAUAGUCAUUCUUGUGUCACUGUAUUUUUGUUGAUGAUGCUGUUUGUUUGGAUGAGGUUUUGUCUGGUUGAAAUGUUUUGUUGACUUUCCUAAUGAUGGUCUCUGGGGAUAAUGAGAGCAAGAUUAAUUAACAUUUAUUUAUUUGGGGUGGUGGGAUUUGUGUGGCAUUCUAUGGAGUUAUUGGAUUUCUGGAUUCUUGGCAGUCUAGUCUAGUUGACUACAUUUUGAGCAUUUUAAAUAGGAUAAUUGUACGAGUUUAUUCACUGCUAGAUUGUAGAACAUUUGUGACGGAUUUUUAUGAUGAUGGAAUUGGAAGGUCCUACUAAAUUUAUUAUCUA